CUCAGAGAACUGAAGGCCCCUCCCCCUUCCAAGGGAGAACUCAGGAGCUGAGGAGGGGUAGGGAAGAUGGAAGUAAGUUCUCAGGCAGCCUUGAAAGCCAGGCAGGAGCAAAGAGACACAGGAUCUUGGGAAGAAGGGUAGAAGCACAAGGAGCCUGUGUCCAUGAGACAUGAACUGUUUUGUGGUCCAGGGAGGUUAAAACUGAAGCUGGUAGGACCAUUGGUUUUGCUAGAUAUGGUGGUGAGAACAUGAGGGUCUGGCAGCAUGCAAAUUCUAAAUACGGUCUGGGAGGAACAGGGGAGAGUGGGGCUCUUGCAGUCUAAGGACGUCUUUCCAGCUGCCUGUGGGAAACCUGAGCCCCUACCCCAAGGUCUGUGGAAGUGGACACCGAGUAGAAUGAGAGGCAAAAGCAAGUUAAUAGAGUGCAUGCAGAUUUCGGGUGGCCAAUAACAGUGUGAUGUCAGAAGAGACCUCAGGUCUCCUCAACACUGGGUGACACCCCUUGCAUCCUGUCUGAUGCCUGACACCCCCCCACCCCUGAUUGGUCAACAAGUGGUCAAUGUGACAAAAGCCAGCAGUGCGGCCAGGGGAUGAGCGUUGUGGGGUGCAGCAAAGACUCAGACUCUUCUGUUUGCAGCAGAGACUCACAAGGCCUUUGAGACAACUUUGUCUGGGUUUCCCACCUGAGUUCCUGGCUCCAAAAAUCUGCAAGUGUCAACAUUUCUAAAUAUGUCAAGGAAGUCCUGCCCCAAAGAGGAAAUCUGUUAGGUUUGAAAAUCUUUCAAAUCCUUGGACAUGGGAAGCUAAAAUAAUUUUUCUGAGUGGUGGAAGUACCACUGACUGAAUGUACCCCCUUAUUUUCUGGAUGGGAUGACAGAAGGGAGGAGAGUGCCCCCGAAGAUUGCUCAGUUCAUUCAUAGCACAGCUAGAGUAGGAUAGAACAGGAGUCUUGAUUGACAGCCAAUGCUGUGCUCUCUGGAUGUGGCAUCUCCAAUGUGCAUUAACUCUGGAGCCAUCCCCAGUUCGGACUGAGGGGCCUGGGGCUGGCAGGGCAGUGAGAUGGACUGGGGACUGGAGUUACAGUGGCUGGCUGAGUGGUCAUCCAGAAUACAUCUUCCUAACCAACCUCCCAACACUUGGGUAUGUUCCCUAUCUGCACUCAUUCUGCUCUGCACCCCUGUGCAUGCCACCGAGUCAGGCGCAAGGGAAGUCCUCGCCAAUUUCAUCAUGCGCACUGCUUCCCAUGGUCAUCGCCAGUGCCCAAGUGCAGGGCCAGGUGGGCGGCUCGGCGCUGCUGGUGGCGGAUCACCCUCCCGGUUUCCAAGUCCGAGAGGCCAUCUGGAGAUCCCUCUGGCCUUCAGAGGAGCUCCUGGCUACGUUCUUCCGGGGCUCCCCAGAGACUCUAUACCACUCCCGCUUCCUGGGCCGAGCCCAGCUACACACCAACCUCAGCCUGGAGCUGCGGCCACUGGAGUCUGGAGACAGCGGCAACUUCUCCGUGCUGCUGGUGGACAAGCAAGGUCGAGCCCGGACCCAGACCCUGCAGCUCAAAGUGUACGAUGCAGUGCCCAGGCCCGUGGUCAAAGUGUUCAUCGCUGUAUCAGGGGAUGCUCAGCCCCCCAAGACCUGCCACGUGUUCCUGUCCUGCCGGGCUCCCAACACCAGCGACAUAACCUAUAGCUGGCGACGCGAGGGAACUGUGGACCUUGGUAUGGAGCCAGCUGGCCUCUUCACGGAUGGACAGGUGCUGAGUGUGUCCCUGGGACCAGGAGACAAAGGCGUGGCCUAUUCCUGCAUUGUCUCCAACCCCGUCAGCUGGGACCUGACCACAGUUACCCCCUGGGAGAGCUGCCGUCGCCAGGCAGCUCCAGGGAGGGCCUCCUACAAAGACGUGCUGCUGGUGGUGGUACCCGUCUUGCUGCUCCUGGUCCUGGCUGGUCUGUCUGCCUGGCACUGGGGCCCCUGGUCAGGAAAAAAGAAAAAGGAUGUCUGUGCUGAUGGAGUGGAUCAAGAGACAGAGAGUCCCCUCGUGUAGGGUCUGCCAUGAGCAAUGCCUAGAUCGUGAGGAGCCCCACUGCCCAGCCACAUGAUGGUCUGGGAUGUGGCUGGUGCCUGGAAACCACCUUGGACCUUGGACUUCCCAUGAGACUCCUGUACCACCUCCCAGGAGUGGCCGGGGCAGUUGGCACAAUCUUCCACACCCUCCCCCUUCUCUCUCUACUGGUACAUGCUCUGGCCCUACUCUGGGCAACAUGGGCCUAGCAGGACGUCUCUUCAAGAACACCAGAAGUUCUCCAGGAUCCAUAGAUUGAUUAUCCAUAGCACUCACUGCCCCUCCACUGUUCAUGAAGCAUUGUUAUGGAUCUGUUCCCUUUAAAUUACAUGUAGAAAUCCUAAACCCCAUCCCCAAUAUUUCAGAAUAUGACUGUGUUUAGAGAUAGGGCCUUUAAAAAGAUAAGGUUAAAAGAGGUCAUUGAGAUGACCCUAAGCUGAUAUAACUGGUGUCCUUACAAGAAGAGAGAGAGACACCCAGGAAGCAUGCACACACAGAAGAAAACCAUGGAAGGACACAGAGAGAAGGAAGCCCCCUGAAAGCCAAGGAGAGAGGCCUCUGGAGAAACCAAACCUGCUAACACCUCGGUCUUAGACUUCCAAUCUCCAAGAAUGAGAAAAUAAAUUUCUGUUAAGUCA